AUGCGAAGAACCGACCGGACAGAUGCCUGCACUGGUGAUGGAAAGAUAACAACGGCACGGCUGGGGCGAUGCGGCACAGAAAGCGCGCCCGCCAACCGGCGAAGCCUGGUUAGCAGGGGCUUGCAAAGGUGGCUGGCAUUCCUUGUGCUUGCCUGGCUUUGGUGCCCUCCGGCUGUGCGUCAGGCGGAAGCCCCGGAGACCCCAGAACACUAUGCUGGGCCGAUGCCGCCUCCUGGAGCUCUGCCAUACGAGGCUGAGCCCAAGUUGACGGCAAAGAGCAACGACGUUCAGGAGCCGAGCUUCAGUCAAGGCACCAAUCUGGGAUUGUGGAUGGCCACUCAGAAGUACAGGUUUCCUGCUAUCGUCAGCAUCGGAGCUCCUAACCAGGGACACACAUGUUUUGGAACUUUGAUUCACGAAGAGUACGUGCUGACGUCAGCUCACUGCCUGCAAAGAGUCGGGUUCAAUGCUGUGGUUACCUUCCGCUGGUCUGGAGAGGAAGUUCAGGUUGUGAGGGCAAAAGGCAGCAAGAUCCAUCCAAAGUGGAAGGAAGGUGGAUUGCAUGCGGAGUACGAUUUGGCUCUGCUUCAUCUGCAGAAGCGAGUGCAUGUGAACUUCCCAACGCUUGCUGCGCUUGGCCCACCCUUCACACCCAGAGAAGUGCGUCCCAACCAGAAUGUUUUUGGCUUUAGACAUCAAGACGGGGAGAUUCUGCAGACUGCCCAGUUCAAGGUCCUUCAGAAUCAUCUUUGUCCCAAUGUGACGAUCUCAGCAGGGAUCCUGUGCAUUUUCUCACAGGAUGCCAGGAUGGAAGCCGGAGUGUCAGGGGGCCCUGUGCUCAUCUCCGAUUGGCCCCUUGAUAACACAGGUCCUACCAAAGGGAUCUUUGCAGAGCUUGACUUGCUUGUUGGUGUCGUUUCCGGCAACAAUCAGUCUGCUGCAAACAGUGGUGUGGGCGUGACACCCGUGGACAAGAACCGAUGGUGGAUUGACAGGGAGAUAAAUUCCCAGGCUGGCGUCACUACUGUGACACUCAUCUUCGUGUUCUCUUUGGGACUUGCUGUGGCAUGGGUGCUCUUCAUGGUCUGCGGCCAUCGCAUAUUGGCAGCGGUGCAUCACCACCAUGUGAACGGAAGUUGCUGUCAAGUGCUAAGAUUUGUGAGGAGGACAACAGCUCUGUGA